AUGGCUAGUUUCAUGUCAAGCUUCUUUCCUGGCGGGAAAGCAGCCAAUGCUUCUGGCGAAAACAGCUCGCGCCCUGCUACACCGUCAACCAAGUCAGACAACUUUCUUAACCCUGUGAGCACGCCUCAAGGUAGCCCAAGCAAGAAGACCAAUCCUCCCGGCGCACACGACCUCCCUUCUGCCUUCGACAGUGCUUUGAACCUCAACACUCCCACGAUCGAGCCGCCCCUCAGAUUGGGCCGACCUCAAAGUGUUGUAACCCCGCUAUCGCCUGGCAAGACCAAGACUCAGCCUCUCGACGAGUCCAACACAAAUGUCGACGAAAGCGUCGUCCACAAGACGCGACCAGGAAGCCCUAACAAGAAGCAAGGACAGGAAAAUACACCGCCGCCUUCUCGCUUGGCCAACGUCGAUUCUCCCCACCAACACAGCCAUGCUGCUGUUACCCGUCAACAGCUCUACGAGCAGCGAGACCGACCUACCACACCCGCCACCAAACGAUUCAACACACAUCGAGGAUUGACAGCAGAAGAGCGUGAAAUCCUCCAAAAGCCAAAUGUCAAGCGGUUGGUGAACGUCACUCAACUCUAUUUCUUGGACUAUUAUUUCGAUCUUCUCACAUACGUCGGCGCUCGGCAAAACCGACUAACAGCCUUCAAGAAUGAAUAUCCCCCACCCCCAGAGACCGAUGAGCAAACGCACAAUCAAAUGUGGACUAAGUAUGCUGGACGAGAGCGCGCCAACCUUCGCAAGCGUCGAGUACGACUUCGGCACGGUGACUUCCAAAUCUUGACCCAGGUUGGUCAGGGUGGCUAUGGCCAAGUUUUCUUGGCCCAGAAGAAGGACACUCGUGAGGUUUGCGCCCUCAAGGUCAUGAGCAAGAAGCUACUCUUCAAACUCGAUGAAGUUCGCCACGUUUUGACCGAGAGAGAUAUUCUUACAACCGCUCAGAGCGAGUGGCUUGUUAGGCUCCUCUACUCUUUCCAAGACGAGAAAAGUAUAUAUCUUGCUAUGGAGUACGUGCCUGGCGGUGACUUCCGCACCCUGCUUAACAACACUGGUGUGCUAUCGAAUCGCCAUGCUCGCUUCUACAUCGCCGAGAUGUUUUGCUCCGUGGAUGCCCUGCAUCAGCUAGGCUAUAUCCACCGAGAUCUCAAACCAGAGAACUUCUUGGUCGACUCGACGGGUCACAUCAAGUUGACCGAUUUCGGCCUUGCUGCCGGUGUCUUAGCCCCGUCUAAGAUCGAGUCUAUGCGCGUCAAGCUGGAAAAGGCAUCUGAAAGUGCAGUCCCCUUCGGCAAGCCCAUGGAUCAGCGAACCGUGGCUGAACGGCGAGAGAGCUACCGAACGAUGCGUGAAAACGAUGUCAACUACGCCAAAUCUAUUGUAGGAUCACCCGACUACAUGGCCCCGGAGGUCCUUAGAGGGGAGGAAUAUGACUUCACGGUGGACUACUGGAGUCUAGGAUGUAUGCUUUUCGAAGCCCUUACCGGAUUCCCUCCCUUUGCGGGUGCUACCCCUGAUGAGACUUGGCGCAAUCUAAAGCACUGGAAGGAGGUCUUAAAGAGGCCUGUGUGGGAGGAUCCCAACUACUUCCUGAGCAACCGAACCUGGAACUUCAUCUGCACAUGCAUCAACUCUCGCACAAGACGAUUUUCGAAUAUUAAUGAUAUCUAUGCCCAUCAAUACUUUGCUGAGGUUGAAUGGGACGUUCUACGACAAACACGUGCACCAUUUGUUCCUGAGCUGGACUCGGAGACCGAUGCGGGCUAUUUCGACGACUUUACCAAUGAAGCCGACAUGGCAAAGUACAAGGAGGUGCAUGACAAGCAACAAGCUCUUGAGACCAUGGCGGAACGCGAGGAUCAGAUGAGCAAGAGCCUCUUUGUCGGCUUCACGUUCAGGCAUCGCAAACCUGCUACAGAAGACGGCGUCAGCCCUCGGAAACGCAUCCCCACUGACGAGUCAUUUGGAACGAUGUUCUAG